UAAUCAUUCUUUUGGUUUAGAUAAGCAAUGUUCCCUAAGAGAAUGUUCAACCCUCCUGUUUCUCGCACCAAAAAUAGUUCCUUGUACUCUCAGGUUCCUGCAAGAUCAAUUUUGAGCUUUUGUUCUUGGACACAUAGUUCUGAUAAUACAAAUCAUGACAUGCAUAUUUAAUUCAUAUCUUUUUUUUUUUCUUUGCACUGUCAUCAAGUGUGACUUUCUGCUGCUUCUGUGUUUUUCAUUCCCUACUGUUUCCUUUGAUAUCUGAUCUGGGUCACUUUCUUUUUCUUCUGGGGCCAGUUCUCAGUUUUCAUCCACCCCAUUUUACACUGCUUGCUUUGUGUUUGUGACUUGCUCUCACCAAAUUCAAGGGAAAUUCACUGUGUUUUUGUUUCUCUGGAUUCAUAUUUGGUGCCAAGUUUGUUCAUUUGGAUGUAAGUUGUAAGCUGUAACAACCACUGCAUAGGCACUUUACUUUUGGUUUUUCAGGUUACUUUGUUGCAAUUGAGUGGUGAGGUUAUCGUGAUUUGUUUAUAUUUGGGGGAAUGAAACAGAUAGAGUAGUAUAGGGUGGUUCUGGGGUUCAGAUAAUGGGAUCUCAAGGUGGGGCAAUCCAAGAGCCAAAGAGUGGCUCUUUGGCCAGGGAAGGGUCUUUGUACAAUCUCACCCUUGAUGAGGUGCAAAACCAGCUUGGAAAUUUGGGGAAACCCUUAGGAAGCAUGAAUCUGGAUGAGCUGCUCAAGAGUGUCUGGAGUGCUGAAUCUGGAACUGAUGCUUACAUGCAGCAUGGUCAGGUAGCUUCUGCUGGCUCAUCUUUGACUCCACAAGGGAGCCUAACAUUGUGUGGGGAUCUUAGCAAUAAAACUAUUGACGAGGUUUGGAGGGAUAUGCAACAGAAGAAGAGUACUAGUAAGGAAAGACAACCUACACUGGGUGAGAUGACCCUUGAAGAUUUCUUGGUGAAGGCAGGAGUGGCUACCGAACCUUUUACUAAUGAGGAUAGUGCUAUGGCUAUGCCAGGGAUUGAUUCCCAACACAACACAUCACAGCAUGCCCACUGGAUGCAAUACCAGCUCACUUCAGGGCAGCAGCAACAGCAACAGCAACAGCAACAACAACAGCAGCAACAGCAUCAGCAGCAAAAUAUUGUGAUGCCAGGUUUUUCGGGUUUUAUGGCUGGCCAUGUGGUUCAACAGCCUAUACCGGUUGUGGUGAAUCCAGUUCUGGAUGCAGGAUACUCUGAAGCAAUGCCAUCCUCUUUGAUGGGUGCUUUAUCAGAUUCACAAACUGCAAGUAGGAAAAGGGUUGCCUCAGGUAAUGUAGUUGAGAAAACUGUAGAGAGGAGGCAGAAGAGGAUGAUUAAAAAUAGGGAAUCUGCAGCUCGCUCCCGGGCUAGAAAACAGGCUUACACACAAGAACUGGAGAUUAAGGUUUCACGAUUAGAAGAAGAGAAUGAAAGACUUCGAAGACAGAAUGAGAUAGAGAGAGUGUUGCCAAGUGCACCACCACCUGAUCCUAAGCAUCAGCUUCGCAGAACUAGUUCAGCUCCCCUUUGAUGGCUUCAUUGCAAUUAAGUUCCUACCAAACUUUCAUGCACUUCCAUAGUUCUCAUUUGCAACAUAUAUCUUUGGCACUCAAGUUUCCAACAUUUGGAAGGCUGUUUUUCUCUGGGAAGUGCUGCUAUUUAUUCUCCUCAGCAUGUCCCUUGUAAGAGUGUUUUCCUGUAUGUACAUUUUAUAAGUCCCACCUCCUACUUAACCAGCACUAUAAAUAUGCUUUAAUCGAAUUUUGAACACAUUAUGGCUCUACUACCCUUUUUUUAAGACAAAACUUAGGUGCAAUACUAUAGAUGUUUUUGGUGCUGUUCUCAGAUUGAAUAAAAUUGAAGUCUUGUGUUAGUAAUUUGUGCUUUAAGAAUGUAAGCGAGAACAUCUGUGGUAUUGCACUUAAGUUUUUUCUUUUUUCUCAAGUCCUAUUUGGUGUGUGGGGUGCAGUGCAACUUAUGACCAUUACCUGGUUGGUUUCAUUUGCUAUAACCAGUUGAACAUUUUGGUUUUAUGCUAAUUCCAUAUGUACUCAGGAACCUGUCCCACGGAAAAUGUCAACCUUGGCACAUAAAAAUGGUUUUUGAUUUGAGGUUA